AAGGUGUGAAGCAUGUCGGAGUUUUGGUUAAUUUCUGCCCCUGGUGACCAGGAAAAUUUACAAGCUCUGGAGAGGAUGAACACCGUAACCGCCAAGUCCAACCUGUCUUAUAACACCAAAUUCUCGAUUCCUGACUUCAAGGUGGGGACCUUGGAUUCCCUUGUUGGCCUCUCCGACGAGCUGGGGAAACUCGAUACCUUUGCUGAAAGCCUCAUAAAGAAGAUGGCCCAGAGUGUGGUAGAAGUCAUGGAAGAUGCCAAGGGGAAGGUUCCGGAGAACCUCCUAGCCAACGGAGUUGACUUAACAUCCUUUGUGACCCACUUUGAGUGGGACAUGGCGAAGUACCCCGCGAAGCAGCCGCUGGUGAGCGUGGUGGACACUCUGGCAAAGCAACUGGCCCAAAUCGAGACUGACCUGAAAUCCCGAAUAGCCUCCUACAACACUCUGAAGACAAACCUGGAGAACCUGGAGAAGAAAUCCAUGGGAAACCUCUUCACCCGGACACUAAGCGAUAUCGUGAGCAAAGAAGACUUCGUGUUGGGUUCUGAGUAUCUCGUCACACUUCUGGUCAUUGUCCCCAAACCAAGCUACGCACAAUGGCAAAAAACCUAUGAAUCCCUCUCGGACAUGGUGGUCCCUCGGUCAACUAAACUGAUUGCUGAGGACAACGAGGGUGGCCUCUUCACGGUGACCCUGUUUCGAAAAGUGAUCGAGGAUUUCAAAACCAAAGCCAAAGAGAACAAGUUCACUGUCCGUGAAUUUUACUAUGAUGAGAAAGAAAUUAAAAGGGAAAGGGAAGAGAUGAGCAGGUUGCUGUCUGAUAAGAAGCAACAGUAUCAAACUUCCUGUGUUGCUCUUAAAAAGGGAUCCUCCGCCUUCCCGGACCACAAGGUUAAGGUAACCCCGCUAGGUAACCCCGAUAGGCCCACAGCGGGGCAGACGGACAGAGAGAGAGAGAGUGAGGGCGAGGGCGAGGGCCCGCUGCUGCGCUGGCUCAAAGUGAACUUCAGCGAAGCCUUCAUUGCCUGGAUCCACAUCAAGGCGCUGAGGGUGUUUGUGGAGUCCGUGCUCAGGUACGGACUUCCGGUGAAUUUCCAGGCGGUGCUCCUCCAGCCUCACAAGAAGUCCUCCACCAAACGUUUACGGGAGGUGCUGAACUCCGUCUUCAGACAUCUGGAUCAAGUAGCGGCCGCGAGCAUACUGGAUGCAUCCGUGGAGAUCCCGGGGCUGCAGCUCAGCACCCAGGACUACUUUCCCUACGUCUAUUUCCGCAUUGACCUCAGUCUCCUCGAUUAGACCCGCGCGGCCCCAGCGCGCUUUCCUGUCUCCAGACUCCUACAGACACCUCUUUCCCUUCGCCGGAGGACCCUAUGGAAUUCACCUUUUAGAGAAAUUGCUCACAAAAGUUAGUUACAGUUGUAUUUAUUUUUUUUAAGUUACAAUAAAGAAAUGCUCAGUCCUUUGAAUGGUCUCUUAUCUUCUAACAUUACUGGAACUGCACUUUACAGAAACGGGGCCCGCCUCGGAGUCGGUCAGCGGCUGCCGUGUCGGGCCUUCAGGGCCACCUCGUGCGGCCGGAGGAAGGAAGCAUGUCAGAUCCCGAGCUGUGUCCUCGGCCGUAUUUCCUAACGGUCACUGGAGACAGGCCGAAGACAAAAUCCUGGGCACGAAGGGCAGUUCUCAGCUGACCGCUCACUGCUUUUCACCCUUCUUUCUACAAA